CCGAAAUCGCGCAACAACGAUAACACUAGCUAGGUACACCAACGAAGCAAUGACAUUCGAACAACAGAGUAUCGGUCGGCCAAGACGGAGGCCUUCGUCGUUCCGUUUUGAGAAAAAACUGGCAAUAGCAGCUUUAGCGUUGGCAAUUGUCUUCGUUGCGGACUCGAUGGGGUCGGCAGCAGCAACUAACAUUGCUCGCAGCAUGAGCAGCAGCGCAUACGAGGACGCCAAUUCGAACAGAGUAGGUGGAGACACAAACCAAAGCCACGGAAAGAGCAACAACGACAUCAGAAGCAACAGCCGGAAGCGGCAGCUCCUUGACCUGUCGUAUGAUUCCUUUCCGAUCUACACCUUGCCUGAGCCGUGGGAAGAGACUCCCAUUCUGGAACUGGACGCAUCGCUCCAGCCACUCGGCGAUGGCCCCAACGAAGACUCUGACAACGACAACUACUUUCCACCCAAACAGUCUCGCAUUGUGGGUGGAGAAGAGGAUUCCAAUCUGGAUUCCUUCGUGAUGCACCUGCGCUACGUAGCCGCCGACAACCGUUGGAAGUUUGCCGGGUGUGGAGGGACCCUGAUUUCGGCCUGUCACAUUCUAACGGCGGCUCACUGCAUGACUGGCGAUCGGGCCAACCGCACCCAGGCCGUGUUCGUAAAUGCUUGGAGGCCCUUUGCCAAAAACCUCGACGACACCACGGGAAGGACCAAGCCCUAUCACAUCUCGCGCAUCGAUUCGGAGAACGCCGUUGUCCACCCGGGUUUCGAUAUAAAGAGCAACCUGAACGACGUGGCCGUCCUGACCAUGACCAAGUGCAUUCCGGCGAACCGAACCGAAUCCUUCGAAGUAAUGGAGAUUGCCGAUGAUGUCUUUUGGCGCGAGCGAUACAACGAGUUAGUGGUCCCCUACAAGGACUGGAACGAAGACUGGAACGUGGAUCCAGAAACGGCGACGAUCAGCGACGAUCUGGCCGACGCCAAGACGCGGGUGGCCGGCUUUGGCCAGCUCGACACGAGCGAAGCCGGUGUGCCACCAGCGUUGCAAUCUGUGGACGUUUCUUUGAUCAACCGAGACGACUGCGAGGCGAAAUACAGCUCCAGUCUUCGCUUCCAGAGCGCCAACAAGACCAUGAUCAAACCGGAUAUGUACUGCGCGGCGGCCAUCGAUGGUGGAAAAGAUGCGUGUCUGGGUGAGUACAGUACAGUGCAGUAAAGCGCAGUGCCAGCCGCACAAAAAAGGAAAAAUCAGUUUGCAUCACGAAUAACUGUCACGCCAUGCAAUACCAUGCUACUCUAACCUUUCGAAUUGUAUCUUCUGCUGCUACUGUAAACGAUGCUAUACUACUAUUCAGGCGACUCGGGCGGGCCCAAUUAUAUUACGGAUCCCGUGACAAUGCAGCGAACCCAACUGGGACUCGUAUCUUGGGGAAUCGGUUGUGCUCAAGAGGGGUAUCCCGGUGUCUAUACAUCCGUGGCCUACCAUUAUGACUUUAUCAAAAACGCCGUCUGUGGCGACGAGGGUCUCGCAGCUAUGGGAGACGUAGCCGACCCCCUGUCGCCCUAUGCUCUCAAACUUUGUUUGCCAGACGAGCUUAGAGACCCGAACGACAACGAUGGUGAGGAUGGCCCGACUCCCGAGAAAAUUGUCCUUGGUGAACACCUCUACGUACAACAACAAGAAGAGGAGGAUAUCCCUUCUGGGGAUAUCGAGAAUGACGAAGGAGAGGAUGUUAUCGCUGGGGACGACCAGAGCGAAGAAGAGGAGGAUGUUGCCGCCGCGGAGAAAGAGAACAAUGAGGACGACGACGAAGAAGAAGAAGUUGAGGAAGAAAAAUUGCCACUUACUUGUUCGCCGAAGAAUGGUUCGUGCAGCCAAGACGACAGCGAGUGCUGUGGAAAAUUGACCUGUCACAAAAAGGACAAGGUUUGCAAGAAGCCGCCUCGGCAAUCAAAGGUACGUAUGCAUGYCCUGUAUUGGCCGAUUGGACGCGAUGCAGUGUGAUGUGCUAUGAUGCAUGGCACGUUUUGGAUUGCUUGGAACCAAUGAUAUGGCUCACCAUUGCUUUAUUGGCAUCCUACUCACACUCGCCACAGGCAAGUGAAGAAAAAUCAGAAGUGUCUGCGGAAGCCAAAUCGAAUUUCCAGUACAUUGAGGAUGGGACGUGGGUCCGAAGAAGAGGGGUAAGAGGCCUACGAAAACGAGUGUAAGGCGUACGCAGCUUGAAUCCUAGAAAAGAAUGGA